UGAAAACACUGAAUUUCCCCUCAGGGGGAUUAAUAAAGUAAAUAAACAAACACAGCCACAGACUGUACACAUGUUGGCACCUUGUUCAGGUCUCUGUCCAUCUGUGUCCGUCCUCCUUUUCCUCUGCAGCUGUGACGUCGGCAGAGGGCAGCCAAGAUGGCGGCCCCAUGGUUGGAACAUGGCGGGAUAUCAGUACGAUGGACCUGGGCCCUCUGCAGGCCGUGGACAGCGCCGUCUCCUUCUACAACAACAUGUCAAAUGACAUCUUCCUCUUCAAACCCCUCAGCAUCACCAGAGCACAGAUGAAGGUCGUUGAGGGAGCUCUGUACGCCGUGGAUUUGGACAUGACCCGAACCGUCUGCCGUAAACGAGACAACAACAGAGAUCUGUCCAACUGUGACGUUCAGCCUGAAGGUGACGACCUGCACCAGACGUUUCAGUGUCACACGGAGGUCUGGGUGAUUCCCUGGGAGAACAAGACCAUGGUCAGACAAUUCACCUGUUCAUCCUGAAACCACGGGCUGCGUCCCACCUUCAUCCUCCAUCAUCCUCACCUGCUGCUCUCUGCCUCCGCUCACCUGUCAAACUCAACUCUGCACUGAAAAAUAAAACCAACAUUUUUAACUGAA